UUGUUUCUCCCUUCUCCUUUCCCCUCUCUCUCUCUCUCUCUUUCGCUCUCUCGUUUAAUAAUCUGUAAUGGUUUACAAUCCUUAUGUUAUUUAGAUAGAGGCUCUCCGCUCCCUCUUCGACCCAUUUGAGUUUUUCAAUUAGUAUCUUUUUGAAUUUUAAUUAACUAGAGGUGGAAAGGCAGGUAACUGAAAACACAUCUCAGUAAGAUUGCUGCAGAGAUUCAACGUAUAUAAAAUACACCGGCGAUAGAAAGGAAAAAAAAACUUAAAAGUUAUCCAUAAUGGGUUCGGAGGGUCCUUCGGAGGUAUCAGUUCAUAUUACAGGGUUUAAGAAAUUCCAUGGAGUCUCAGAAAACCCGACAGAAACAAUCGUCAGUAAUCUGAGAGGAUAUAUGACCAAGAAUGGGUUACCAAAAGGCCUUGUUAUUGGUAAUUGUACUGUUCUUGAGACUGCAGGACAAGGAGCACUUGCUCAGCUUUAUAAAUUGUUGGAGUCUGCGGUGGCUGAGCGAGGCAAUGGAUCUUCGAACACUCGAGGAGAAGUGAUCUGGCUUCACUUUGGAGUUAAUAGUGGCGCAUCAAGAUUUGCCAUCGAGAAUCAAGCAGUUAAUGAAGCUACUUUCCGGUGCCCAGAUGAGCUCGGAUGGAAACCUCAGAGAGUCCCGAUCAUCCCUGCAGAUGGGGGCAUUACCCGCAAUAGAAAGACUUCACUUCCCGCGAAUGAUAUUGCUAAGGCCUUGGCAAAGAUGGGAUUCAACGUGGUUCCUUCAGAUGAUGCUGGUCGCUUUGUAUGCAACUACGUAUACUAUCAUUCUCUGUGUUUUGCUGAACAAAACGGAAUCAAGUCGCUCUUUGUUCAUUUCCCUCUUUUCUUCACGAUUGACGAAGAAACCCAAAUGCAAUUUGUGGCUUCCCUUUUAGAGGUACUUGCUUCUUUGAACUAGAACUCUUCGGAUCUUUUCAUUAGUGUUUUUUUUUAUGUUGUAAAUGACUGGUUGAAAUCAAUUUACUCUUCGAGGGAUGUACAUUGAUGUGUAGUUGUGAGCUCAUCAUGUGAAAUGUUUGUAUUUUAUUGCGAACGAAGCUUAAGAAUGUUUGGUCUCCGUGUCUUGUUUGAUCUA